GAUGCCACAGCUUCAGCACACCAUGAUGGCGGAGUUGCAGCCAGCCGUGCAGCUCAAAGCAACGAGAAUCAGCGGCAGUGCGUCGAGGAAGAAAAGUAGACCAUCUGAAACAGCAAUGGUCUUCUUUUCAAGAAUUCAUAUCUGGCUUACACUACUGGUUGCCAUACCUAGUACAAAAUCAAAUGAUGAAGAAACUGCUUCAUUACAAGAUUGGGAUCCAGAGCUGCAAGGACUCAUCACGCCAUUAUUAAAAAGUUUGGUUGCUGUAACUGGAACCCACCGUGGCCAAAAGGUUAUGCGUGUACCACCAACAAGGGAUGUGUCAGAAACAGAUCUCUAUUUGCUUGGGGCUAUAGAAAAGCUAGCAUACCGCUUGGAUUUCAUGGAUAAGAGGAUACGCAGAGUAGAGGAACUUAUUUACUAUGUUAUGGACAGUGCAGGACAACAUGCAAAUCAAGGUAAGGAUCCUUGCCCCAGAAAUUUCACACGCAUUAAAAACAACUGUUAUCACUUCAGCAAUAACCAACUUAAUUGGAAGGCUGCAAAUUCAGCUUGCAAAGGAUUGGAUUCCAAUUUAGCAGAAUUUGAGACUAUUGAGGAGAAUCAAGAUAUUGUCACUUCUAUACUGGCACACAAAGAAUACAAAGGAAAGGAUUACUGGACAGGUGGUCUCAAUCCUGGAUUGCUGUGGAUAUGGGCUAAUUCAGCACGUCCUUUGUCUCCCAAUUCAUCAUCGCCCAAUACAACUGCAUCCUAUAUACAAGGAACUGGUCGCUGCCUUAAGCUGGCAUACAGUCCUCCUCUGAGAUCAUACAAUUAUCGGGGAAUGGACUGUGGUCUAAAAUCAUACUUCAUAUGUGAGCAUGAAGAAAAUUCUACUAGUAGAGCUUUAGAAAGAAUAGCAAAAUCAUUGAAACAUCAUGGAAAUUCAGACAUAAGGUACAACAACUGAUGGACUCAUGGUAGUAAUGAAAAGUUGGUGUAAUUCUUUUAUUUAUUUAUUUUUUCACUCAGUAGUGCAACACUGCUGCAAUU